CACAGAGGAAGGGGGGGGGGGGUCGGGGGUUACUUUAUGACACAUUUCAAUAAGUCAGGUGUCAAAGUGUCAGGAUGGAGGAAACAUCUCUACUGUGGCUGCUCUUUCUGAUCUCACUGCUGAGCUGCACAACAAACCAAGCCUCUCUGACUGUGAGUCCCAGCAGCUCUCAGCUGUUUAGAGGUGAGUCUGUCUCUCUGAGCUGUGAGGAGGACGACAGCUCUGCUGGAUGGACUCUGAGGAGGAACACAAGUGAUAAAACUGUGACUCAGUGUGGAGAUGACUGGGGAAGACCUGCUGGUUCUUCCUGUAAUAUCAGCUUUAUGCUUACACGACACAGUGGAGUUUACUGGUGUGAGUCCAGAGAGGGAGCAACCAGUAACAGCAUCACCAUCACUGUCCCUGAUGGACCAGUGAUCCUGCAGAGUCCUGUCCUCCCUGUGAUGGAGGGAGAAGACCUCACUCUGACCUGUAAAACAAAGACGUCCUCCAACCUCCCAGCUGGUUUCUAUAAAGAUGGCUCCUUCAUCAGGACUGAGCCUGCAGGUCACAUGACCAUCCACCAUGUUUCCAGGUCUGAUGAAGGCCUCUACAAGUGCAACAUCAGCAGUGUUGGAGAGUCUCCACCCAGCUGGGUCUCUGUCACAGGAGAGGAGGUUACCUUUGAUUUCAGGAGUUCAUUCAUCCAGAUAUUCACCUGACAGCUGAUUCUCUCUACAGAGAAACCAAAGAACACAGGCCCACCUCCAAGUUCGCUACUGGCCCCUGAAACAACCUCAGACUCCAUCUUGUGUUCAGACUAAAUUCAAUUUUGUAAUAUUGGGCCUCUUUCACCAAUAUCAUCCUAAGCUUUCUCUUAAAUAUGUUCGAAAAGUCUACGUCGGAUUCAUGAC